AUGGCAAACGGAUCGUUGAGGGAAAAGUUUAGCUUUCACUGCUUUGUGAAAUACUUUCUUUUUGCUACUAAUGCCAUUUUAUGGGUAAGUAUCACCAACGUUCUUGCAUAGUGAACAGAGGGUGUAUUGCACACUGUCGGUGUACAUGUACUGUUCCUCUCGUGAGAGACCUCUGCCGCUAACAGGUAACCUCGAUCUUUGAGCUACAUGUCCGUUCUGUUUCCUUUUCGGCACAACUUAAACUACUAACAUGCCGGUAAUAAUGUGCUGUAAACCCCAGUCGUUGUUUUGUACUUUCGCCCGAUGCUUUCGCGUUUCUUUCGCGCCUGCCCCGCUUGGCAAGCUCUCCCUCCAACACCCCCUGCCCCUACCCCUCGGGAGAGCUUGUAUGUAGGUUAGUAUGACAUUAGCAAUGCGGCUAGAUGAUCAGUCUGGUUAUAAAGAAUUCCUCAAGAUCACAAUAUUUCACACUUAAGCUUUCAUGUGAUAUUUAAAGAUUUCAUCUAAACAAUACAUAAGCAAGUCGCAGGUCAGGCAGCGUGGCUGAAUGGUUUGUGCGACGGACUUACAAUCAGGCAGUCCCUGGUUCAAGUAAUGCUCUUUGGCCACUUGCUGGAUUUGCUCUCGGUUGUCCCAAUUCAGAUCCUCAGCCAAACCUGUAACUUGCCGGCUGGUUGCCUCCUUUUAAUACUGUUAUGUUACAUUUGAAUUAUUUGUUUCUACUUACUUAACUUGAGUUGAGUACCUUUAUGCUAGCUGCAUAGGUUAAGUGCACUUUCCACUAUGAACAUACCUUACGCUUUGAUGUUAAGUAAGUUUAACAGCUGUGCGCAAAGUUAUUCUGCCCAUCUGAACAUGCUCUUUGCUUUUUAUUUCUGGAGCCGAGAAAGGCUUUGUCUGCAUCAGUCAAGUACAUCUCUGCUUUGUCAGAGAUCAUUGCAAAUGCUGAGGAUGGGGGUGUAAGGAUCAAAACUGUCUCUAACAAACUGUUUUACAGUCUUAGAUUGUUUUAUUUCUUCCACUGACCCUUCUCUUUCCUUCCUCAGUACACCUGCUACUAAUAUCUAAAUUAUAGAUUAAAUGAGGAUCAUUUUGCAUCAUGCAUUCUGAACAUAAUCUUCUUCUCUUUUAACAUCCAGGUUCUUUGCUUAACUACAUAAAAAAAUAUUUUAAAAUACAACAUAGUAAUUAUGUAUAAGUUAGACUGACCAAGAUGCAGAUCGUCUGGUCUAUAUUGUACGUAUCAGAUCUGAAAUAUUUUGUCAAAUAAGUGCCCGCUUAAGUAUAUGGGCGUUUAUUACGCUUUCCUAACUAAAGAUUGGUCCAGUUGUUUCUGGGAAGUUUCAGUAUUUACAAAGGAUGUGGGCAAUAUAGGACAAAAGUUAAAAGAAGAGAUGCACGUAACACACACAAAGGAACUCUUCAAGUGCCCACAUAUGGUACAAUACUUUAUUUAACAAGGAAUUUACACUUAUCUUAAUCACCUAGUUUACAGCCAUAAAGGUAUAUUCUAAAAAUUAAAAACUAAAAAUGUAUCAUAAUUAUUCAUGAUACAUGUAUGAAAACUGUAAAAGCUAAUAACUAAGAAUUGAUAAAAACAAUAAAAGCAACAAGCAGCAGCUACCAUGAAUUCCGAUAUUAUAAUCUUAAGCAAUCAAACUUUCUUCUUCACUUCAUUAGUACCUGCUUUAAUUCUAAUAUCAUUUGGUGGCUUUUUCCUUUUCCUAGUGGCAAAAUAUUUCCAUGGUUUGAGACCAUACAUGUAUUUUAGUCAUGUUAACUUUAGGCAAUGAAAGGAUAUAAUCAUGUUGAAGAUUACACUUGGAUAAGCGUAAGGUGAUAUGACCUCUUUAUUGUGGGUGGAGCUUUGUCUGAUAUACUAUUGUUUAUUGUCAUUUGCAUGCCUUGGAUUAUUCAAGUUUCCAUAGAUGGGAGUCUUUCUUUCUAAGAAAUCUUGAUAAGAUGCACUUUUAUCUUUGAAGAUACAUGUACUACCUCAAAGCCUUUUCGUUGACUUUCUCAAUUUCCUGUUAAAGAAACAUGGAUAUAGAAAUAACUGAAAGUGUCUUUAACGGAAAAGAGACGUUCUUUGAUAUUGAAAAAGUGAGAAGGGGCUAGGUUUAUUCAAUGGGGUGCUUAGACAUGUAUUUGAUAAAAUGGCCAAGUGGGGGGUGCUUUUUCCAGGAAAUAUGGUAUUGUAGGGAAAUUCUCAAGUUAAGUGUGAAAUUGUAUAAGGAUUGCAGCAAGCAUACCACACCACCUCCGUCCAAUUUUUCUGGAUUAUAACCCCCCGCCCCCUCCCCCAAGGCUUUAAUAUGCUCAAUCAAAAGUCAUGCUGUUAUCUGUCAAUAAUCCCUAAUUUGGCUGUACACGCUUUAUGUAUUAUGUCAGAUCAUCAGUAUAAUUUUUAUUGGAGUGGGAUCAUGGGCUCAUGACGAGAAGAAAAAAUACAGUGACCUGGACAGCCUUGCAUUUGAUCCCUCGAUUUUGAUUAUUAUCGUGGGCUGCUUCAUGUUUGUAAUCACAUUCUGCGGAUGUAUUGGAGCUCUGAGGGAAAACAAACUCUUACUACGAAUUGUAAGUUACCGGUAAAUUAUGUAACUAUUCUGCUUUUAAGAUCCCCAUGAAAAUUCAAGGGUUGUCGCUAAGAUUUCAAGUUGCCAAAGUUAAUACAACAAGUAGGCAGGGAAUCAAACAGCUAGGGGUUUCUAACAGUUUUUCAAGGUUCAUAUUUGUUGUUUGUAACAUUUGAUAUUAAAUAUAAUACUGGGGAGACAUAUUUGUUUGACACAAAGCUGUAAUUUUGUUAUUCGCAAGGAAUGUCUCAAGUUCAUGAUGAAGACUUGUAAUUGGCAUUAUAAACAAAAUGAAGUAGGCAGCUGUGACAGAGCUCCUUUAAUAUCAUGAUUAUUUUAAAUUUUGUAGUUUAUGGGAUCACUGACCAUUAUCUUCAUCUUGGAACUGGUCACAGGAUUUGUUGCAUUCUUUUUUGUUGACAAGGUAAAAGGAAUUAAAUUGUUCAUACACACCUUUGCGAAGUCCAAUGAAAGCUUUUAGUUUUGUUUGUGAGUGUUUGUUUGCGAUUGUUUAGACUGUCUUUAAUAAUACCUAGAGGCUCAAAUAGUAAACAGCAUCUGAUCUUUCACUAUGUCACUAAAUUUAACAGAAAGGUCAUUGAAGAAAAGGAAAUGACUUNGGGUUUCUAACAGUUUUUCAAGGUUCAUAUUUGUUGUUUGUAACAUUUGAUAUUAAAUAUAAUACUGGGGAGACAUAUUUGUUUGACACAAAGCUGUAAUUUUGUUAUUCGCAAGGAAUGUCUCAAGUUCAUGAUGAAGACUUGUAAUUGGCAUUAUAAACAAAAUGAAGUAGGCAGCUGUGACAGAGCUCCUUUAAUAUCAUGAUUAUUUUAAAUUUUGUAGUUUAUGGGAUCACUGACCAUUAUCUUCAUCUUGGAACUGGUCACAGGAUUUGUUGCAUUCUUUUUUGUUGACAAGGUAAAAGGAAUUAAAUUGUUCAUACACACCUUUGCGAAGUCCAAUGAAAGCUUUUAGUUUUGUUUGUGAGUGUUUGUUUGCGAUUGUUUAGACUGUCUUUAAUAAUACCUAGAGGCUCAAAUAGUAAACAGCAUCUGAUCUUUCACUAUGUCACUAAAUUUAACAGAAAGGUCAUUGAAGAAAAGGAAAUGACUUUUUCCCCUGCACUGGUACCAUACAAGAUUUAAAGGAAACUAUGCAAAUUAGAGAAAGAAAAAAAAUAAAAAGAUGGAUGUAAAUUUUUUAGAAAUCAAAACUGACUAUGUCUUAGCUGUCCAACCACCCACAGCCUCUCUGUUUCUAAUAAUAAGGCCAUCAAGGUAAUUAUAGGUGAGAGACAUCUUGUGGGAGGCAGCAGUGGAAGGCAGCAGUGGAAGGCAGCAUAGCCGAGUGGUCAGCGCGUCAGACUAGCAAUCAGACCAUCCCGGGUUAGAGUCCCGCUCUGGCCGCUUGCUGGAUUUGUUCUCUGUCGUCCCAAGUUCAAAUCUCAAAUCUUCAGCCAAACUUGUAAAUAGCCAACUGGUUGCCUCCCGCCAGUUGGGGUUUUUAAUCCUGUUAUGUUUUAUUUGCAUUAUCUGUUUCAGAAUUAUUUGAAUGGAGUGCCUGUAAACUAGCUGGAUAAGCUAAGUGCACUUGCCACUAUAAACAAACCUUUGAAUUAAAAAGACAUAAAUGGUCAUGUGCUUAAAAAAUAGAGGAUGCAAGUUUUUGUUCUUCAGACUGCUACUCUCACUUUUCAAAUCUUGCCUCUUACGGUGCAUGAGUACUGCUGGGCCUCUUUGACUUUGUCUACUCACAAAGUUUUUUGAAAACAAAAGAUUCUCAAGAACAAUAACGUACAUUAUUUGAGGGCUGUUUCCUGAGAACUCAGUUACUGGUUUUAUAGUUUUCAACGGUUGCAUAAUUGAACCUUAAAUUUAUUUGCAAAAAAUUGAGAAUCUUUUGUUUUUAGAAAACGUUGUUUUUUUCAAUUCUCUAGCAAGUGUUCCAGUUUGAGGGUCUGCAAUGUAAUAAAAGUAAAAACUGGAUAGAAAUAAUUGCUUGCAUUAUAGAGGUUUCUGUACAAUAGUAUAAAGUUUUAUUGCUUUGUCUGGCAUUUUUGAGACUGUAUAAAGAAUCAGCCAUACAAUUUUGGAGAGAGUCAAGUCUGUAUUUUAUCUCGUUUGAUCAUCUUCUUCCACAUUCAUUACAAUAAAGCCAGAGCAAACUAAGCUCUUUAUUCUAGGCCACAUCUGGCCCCAUGUACAAGGCAAUCCAAAUUUCAAAAUCUGGGAAAUUUUUGCUCGUGGAAUUUGGAAUCCUGGGCUUUAGAAAUUAUCUGGAUUUCAGCCUUAGGAAUCUAAAACUCCGCUAACGUUUGGAAUUCAGAUUCCAAGUUCCUGCUGAUGAGGAAUAUGGAAUCUACAGCGUAGAUAAAUACAGAAUAUCAAGACUGCCAGGGAUUGCCUUACCUGUCUGACCCCAGGGGGUGGACUCCGCAUAUGAAAGGGAUCAGGAUGCUCAUAAUCUCGCUUAGGGGUGUAAAUUUUGGAUUUUGGUUUCACUUAGGGUGUUCUGGGCAAAACGCCAUCAUAUUUAGCCGUGAAGGUCUUGUUUAGGGGUUGCAUGUGAAAAAAUAUAAAAAUUAUAUAUUGUCUGUGUUUUAACAUGGUCUCUUUUAGGGGUCAAAAAAAGCUUGGGCCACGCCCAGAUCGGUCUCCUUUAUCGGUCUCCUUUUAUCCCUUAUAACAAAUCCCUGAAAAUUGUUUUAAAAAAAACACGGGUGUACUUAACGACUGUUUUCUGUAAAUGUCUGUUCGAAGCAAAUAUUGCGGAGAAUUUUUAUUACUUGAAGACGGCCAAAAUUUCUAGAUGACCGUUCCUUUCAUGUACAAUUUUCGAAGCUUACCUCAUAAUUUCCCUAUGAUUUUCUUAAGUUUAAUUUCUCACAUUUCACUUCCGAGGUUAGGCUAUUUUUCGUAGUAAAAAGGAAACCGAAAAUUUUCGGAUUUAAAAAUGUGAUGCAUGGAAAGAGGAGUCUAAAAACUUCUUACUUUCGAAAUACAUUAAAUCGCACCUAAAAUUUUCAGGAAAAUAAUACCGUGAAGACCCUUGUAAUUUUGAAAAGAGUUAAGUUCCCCUAGAUGGACCUAACAGAAUGUAUUUCUAGAGAUCUAUAAGUACACUGAAUAGCCUUAAGAGUGAUUUCAAUGUAUUUAGGAGGAAACCGUCGUUGGGUGCCCCUGAAAUCAGUCAAAAUACCUAAGUCUAUUAUCCUUGCAGACCCGCAGUAAAGUGAAAGAGGCAACAUACAAGGUGAUCAAACGGUACAGAGAUGACCCAGAUCUUCAAAACGCAAUAGAUGGAAUACAGAAAGGAUUGAAAUGCUGUGGAGGAUACUCUUACCAUGACUGGGAACAUAAUGAGCACUUCAACUGUUCAAUCAAAACAGUACAGGCAUGUGGUGUACCCUUCUCAUGUUGUCGCGAGGUAAGCAUAUCUGCGCUCUUGAGCCAGAUCGUCGUAUGGUCAGUUGCUUCUUAAAGCAUUUGAAAAGAAAAAUGAGCGGUAACAUUACAGUAAAACUCCGCGACUAAGAGCCUUUUAGGCUAAAAUUUGGCACUUAAAGGAGCUGUGUCACGAAAUUCAGCCAAAUUAGGACAGGUAUUACAAAACACCCGUUAAAUCCAAGAGAAACAUAAAAAUAACCGCUUAAAACAUUAAAGGAAGGUUAAAAUGACACAACAGAUGUCACGGAUGGGCAAAAGUGACGAAGAUUGAAACGGAUUGAAGUUAAGGUUUUUGAAAACUGUUCAGCCUAACAGUUUUCAAAGUUUAUCUCUGCUGUUUGCAACUUCAAAAAUAAUGCUCAGAAGACAUAUUUGUUUGUCUUGAAUCUCUGACUUUGUCAUUUACAUGUAAUUUCUUUGCUUACUUUAAGUUCCAUAGCGAUUGAAGGCGAGUAAUUGGAAAAAUCAAAAUUACCGCGGCAGGAUUAGCUCAGUCGGUAGAGCGCUUGACUGCAGAGCGGGAGGUCGCGGGUUCGAUUCCCGGGGCCGGACCAAUACUCAGGGUCUUAAAAUAACUGAGAAAUGAAGGUACUUCCUUUACCCUGCAGGCGGCUGGACCUUCGCGUGGCUCGGAUGACCACGUAAAAUGGCGGUCUCGUCUCCAUUAGGAGACGUAAAAUAUAGUAAAAUAUAGUGUUCCCAAUUACUUUUUUUUUUUUUAAAUGGACUGGACUGCCGUGACACAGCCCCUUUAAGCCCCCUCUGUUUAAGAACCUGUUUAGCCUAGAAUUUGAAACAGGCUCUUGUUUUCUAAAAUCUGUGAAAAAAUUCUGUGCACUUGGGCUAAUAACGUAAGUCAAGAUUUAGAAUCCUCUUUGGAGACAUACAAUUGCUAUUGCUACUGACCAAAUCAUUUUCAUCUCUCGGAAGUGCUCUACCUGGCAUAAGAGAGAUUAAGAUUCACGUUUACCGUAAACGGCCAACGUCAGACUCAAGUUGAGAAUUUCUCAGAAUAGAAAAUAAGCAGAUAAAAACAGUCCCUAACGAUUCCUAUGGUUAAAACUGGCAUAAAACUACUUAUUCUUGUGUAGAAGCAAUAAAGAGUAAACGGAAAAUAAGGGGAAAACUUGGUCACGUGGUACAAAUUCACGUCUGCCGUUUGGCGUAAACGUGAAUCUUAAUCUCUCUAUUGUCUCCUUUGCAGCCGCUCGGGCGGGAGUCACACAGGAAGCUUGCGUGACUCCGGCCCGAGCGGCUACAAAGGAGGCUAUACCUGGCAAGGCUCAGUGAAGAUAAAUCUAGAAGUCUUUCAAUACCUCGCAUGGGAUAAAGUGGAAGAUGAGCGUCAGACUGGGUCGGUGUUGUGUCGAAUUGCACUAUGGGACUGUUUUGGGAACACUGUCCAUUGGCUGUUGCCAGGUUAUACGGGAAAUUGGGUUAAAACAUUCCCAUAGUUCCCCUAAAAACGCCUGCGUGGGAGCGAAGCUAGCUAUUGUGAUGUGGUGUGGCUAUUGUGCAGUGUCUUUUCAAUCUUUUUUUCAAAACUCUUUGAUAAUUCAUAAAGAAAAAACAAAAGAAAUUAGUGUUUAACGAGUGUCUUUAUAUCUGAUAAAGGUGCGGUUUAACUUUACGUCCAAUUUUUUAGACCAAGAUAACCUCAAAUCUAAAUAUUUGUGCAAGAAUAAGGUGAUCUAUAUCAGAGAUUUUGAAGCCGUGCAAAAAACUCGCAGUCGUUUAUUAUCAGGUGUAAAAACUCUCGGCUUCGUCUUGAGUUUUACAUCAUUUGGUGUUUGCACGUAUCCGUAACACCAAAAAAACUAACAAAAAUGGCCUAUUACAGGGUACCAAGAAGAGUUACUCGCUGCUUAAUUUUUGUUCACACUGAUAUUCUUUGUCGAACAGGAUCAAAUAAAUACACAGUGUGGAUUUUCUGUACGACGAGAGAAACUCGUAAGUACCUUUAAUUAAUCAGUACGCACCGCAAAAGGAAAAAGAACGAUGUGUAUUACUAAAUUAAUAUCAUGCGCGUGCUUUGCUUGUUUAAUCGAGGUGUUACAGAUCUAUUCUAUACUGUAAAAGAUUACAUUUUUGUGGCGUUGUAUUCCUUAGACCUGUCAGUAACUGCGGGCACAUUGUGGGUGGCUCCUCCUAAAAUGUUCUACAGUUGGUAUAGGGUGUAAUGGAGCCAAAACCAAUUGAAGGAAUUCCACUCAUUUUAGGCAUCCUGCUGACGAAAUGUUACUACAAGGAUAUUUGCUGAAGCCACCGGCCAUAAUAUUGUAGUCUGUCGCCUUCGAAUUAUACUGACGUCUGCAUAAAGUAGAACUUAUAUUCUAACUGCUUUAUGGUAGUUGCCAGAUUCUGCUGGCAGCUUCCCCUCUUCCAUUGUUUGUUAACUCGUCUUAAAGAAUGAUUUUAUUACAAAUAGGUAUGGGGUGUCCUGGAACUCAUUUUGUGAAAAAUCAUGAGUUCCAGUUCAAAAAAAAGUGAGUCCGAAAUUGAAAAUGCUUUAGGGGGCGCGCCUUUAUGUAACCAGACAGUUAAUCUGAAAACAGAUUCCAAAACUCUGUAUUACAGUUUACUGAAAUUUAAAUGUAGUCCUUCUUUUUGAAAGCACAACAAAGGCUAAAAGAAAUAUGCAUCGUUAAACAACAGCUAUAAUAAUUGCCACAGAAAUAACGCGAACGGGCCAGAUAUUUCUUCAAACACGCAUGUUCAGAUCGAUCGAUUUUUGCGUCCUAAGGGACGCAUGCCAUGAAUUAUUUUCGCCUUUGGGGAUUUGCUUUGCGUCAGGGACGCAGGAUGCAGAGGUAACAAAAUCAGUCCUAAAAAUAUCGGAAAUUUUUUAAAAAAUUCAUCUAGCAGGGAACCUGAUAGGGGAUCGCAAAUUACUGAAAUUUUAGAAAACACUAUUCGAAGCCUCUCAUAAGCCAGUGUUCAUUCAAAUGUGGCAUGUGUGCAAAGUGUCCUGUGCGCAUCUCUUAGUUGGUAUCUACAUCAUUUUAAUUCCUUAGGAAACAGAAGCUUCCUCGUUGAUUUACACCCAAGGAUGUAUAGACAGCCUGACAAACUGGAUUAACAACAAUCUUCACAUCGUUGGCGGUCUGGCAUUUGGUUUUGCAGUUAUCCAGGUCAGUGUGUAUUUCAGAUUAAAGGGGCUCUGCUCCGGCUGCCUUUUUUAAGUUUAUUUUGUGUAAAAUGGCAAUUACGCGUCCCUGUUCUCUAUGGAAAUUAAGAUUUUACUUCUGAAUGACAAAAUCACAGCUUCGUGUCCAGCAAAUGCACCUUCCAAACAUUUUUUCAAACGUUAAAAGCAACAAAUGAACCUUGAAAAACUGUCAGGCUAACAACUGUUUUCAAAAAGCAUAAUUGCAAUCUGUUUCAUUCUCUUUCAAUCACGUUUGUUUAUCCAUUCCUCUUUUUGUAUUUGCUGUGUUAUAUAUAUAUGUAAAUUCUUUCCUUAAUUUCUUCGGUUUCACUCAAUUUAGUGAUAGUUCCCACCGUCUGAAUUUUGGCGAAUUUUGUGACAGAGCUCCUUAAAACAUUCAUCAGUAAUUGCACUGUGGGUCAGCUACUCCGUUAGCAAAGUCCUCUUUAAGAUUGCCGAUAAGGUAUCCAGAUCGUUGGUGGGUAUCAGGUCGUUUCGCCCGAAGUUGUUUUGCCCGAACGUAAGUCGGUUCGCCUGAUGUUAAGUUGUCGCUCUUUAAGCCUGAAAAAAGGAAUAAGCGUGAAAAAAACAGUAACUGCACAUGUGGGUCAAAAACUUUUCCAGCGAAAACGUGAACAAAAACACAAAUUACACAUCAAAAAUCUAAUUGUUGCGAUUGCUGUACAGUCUGUUGUCCCGAACAUGAUUAUCAAGAUCGCUAAAAUUAUUCAGAUCGCUCGACCUUUAAGUUUUUAGGAUCGCAGCCAUAGAGAUCAAUAGAAUCCAAGCUUAACUAAAAAUAUCUCUGAUAUUAAAGGCGUGUUGAAGAGUGUUGUUUGUCAUCGGGCGAAUGGAUUUACGUCCGGGCGAAACAACCUCGGGCGAAACGCGACCACACUUAGUGGGACCCUCAGUGAUGUUGUAAUGUUUUUUUUAGGAGGGGAGGAGACUGACAGGUGCUCAGUCUUCUUGAAGGCUAAACGUUGUGCAAUGAAUCAUGAUUUCCUGACCAUAAUAAUAGAAGUAAUUAGAUACUGCUAUGAAACCCUUUGAAACCUUUCUUUUCUGGUUUUCCUCCUCUAGCUACUCGGUAUACUUGGCGCUUAUAACAUGAUUCGAGACAUCGACCUGAUAUUGAAGUCAGCGGACAGCGAGACAGGAAUAAACUAUAUGCUAUGAAACAACCACUGAUCAUAAGGCAGAAAAUGGUAGAACCAAUCUUAUCAGUACAGUCUUGAUAAAAAGCUAGCUACAGUUCAAACUGUAGACUUUAUCCUUUGACUACGUUGCUUAAGUUUCUUGCCGAAGAAAUGUAAGAGGUCGACAUGAUUGCAAGGCUAUCGUAACUGUCUCCGGCGCAAUUUGCUAGAUAUUGAAUUUGUCAGCGUAUAGUGAAAGUGAAUUCGACUGCUUGAAAAAACCAAAUACGGAAAUUCUUCCGAGUCUAGUUUAGAAAAGACAAUGUGUAGCUUCUGGAAGGCUAAACAUUGUCGUGACACGUGACUGGACUCUCAAUGACUCCUCUACAGAUACCUCUUGGGCUACGUUCACACGGCGGCAACGAACGAAUUUUCGACCGGUUGAAAAUUUACUUGUUCCGUUAAGACGGAACUAUCUUAACCGUAUAAAAAUUUAGACGCCUAGCCUUAAAAUAUUUGAAAGCCAAAAUCGAGUUCAUUUUCUUAGCUGGUACGGUGGAAAAUUUGACCUGCGCGGUGUGAGCACUAUAACCGUGUACAUUUUUUGGCGGUGGCGGUGUGGUUUCAUGGAUGCGUGGUAGCUCAGCUCAAAGACGCCAUUUUGGAUUUGCUGAAGUAGCGCUCUUCGCAUGGGUAGAUAGUAAAAGCUCUGACAAAAAUUGAUAUUCAAACUGGUUCGUCAGUACCAUGUGAACAGUGAGUGAACGGUUCCGUGUGAACGAAGAGUCCGGUCAAAUUUCGUCCGGUGGCGUGUGAACGUAGCUUUGGUAGCUAGUCUUCGGUGGUGGUGGUAGGCGGAAAAACGAUGGCCUUGUUUCGCUGCUCAUCGUUCUAUGUUCACGCACUAUGUUUUCGUGAGUUUUCAUUGGCGUAGCCAGCCUAUAGACCUGUAGGCCCGACCCUACUAAUUUUUGCUUUGAUCACUCUACCGCUAGUUAUGAACUAUGCGCUGUUAGGUUGAGCAAAAAGCUUCAGAGUUCAAAGUGUUAGUGAGAUCAGUGCGUACUAGUCAUGCGUGCAAUUUUCAGGUUACGCAG